AUGGAGAGUGUAUAUAUCCUUGGGAGUUUUCAAGCAAAUUAUAGGUAUUUGCUCUGCCAUAGUUCCCAGUCAUUCAUUUUGUUACUUUGUGUAUUCUCCAUCUCUAGAUACCUGCUUGAACAAGACUUUCCAGGCAUGCGGAUUGGUCCAGAGCCUACCACAGAUUCUUUUAUUGCGGUGAUGUAUGGAGAUACAGAAGGAAACAUUCCUGGAAAUGCCCUGGUUGUUGAUCCUAAGAAGCCGUUCCGCAAACUCAGCCGCUUUGGAAAUGCUUUCCUUAACAGGUUCAUGUGUUCCCAGUUACCUAACCAGGUGUUGAAGAGCAUCAGUAUCAUUGACAGCCCUGGCAUUCUCUCUGGAGAGAAGCAGCGCAUCAGCAGAGGCUACGACUUCUGCCAAGUCCUCCAGUGGUUUGCUGAGAGGGUCGACCGCAUCAUCCUCCUUUUUGAUGCCCAUAAACUGGAUAUAUCUGAUGAGUUUUCAGAGGCUAUUAAGUCAUUCCGGGGCCAGGAUGACAAGAUUCGAGUGGUGCUUAAUAAGGCUGACCAAGUGGAUACCCAGCAGCUGAUGAGGGUCUACGGUGCACUCAUGUGGUCCCUGGGAAAAGUGAUCAACACUCCAGAGGUGCUGCGGGUCUACAUUGGCUCCUUUUGGGCCCAUCCUCUCCGAAACACAGAGAAUCGAAAACUGUUUGAAGCCGAGGCACAGGAUCUUUUCAAGGAUAUCCAGAGUCUCCCACAAAAGGCUGCUGUGAGGAAACUCAAUGAUCUCAUUAAGAGGGCAAGACUUGCAAAGGUUCAUGCUUAUAUCAUCAGCUAUCUGAAAAAAGAAAUGCCCUCUGUAUUUGGAAAAGAGAAUAAGAAGAAGGAACUGAUCGGCAGAUUACCAGAAAUCUACACGCUGCUGCAAAGGGAAUACCAAAUCUCAGCAGGGGACUUCCCUGAAGUCAGGAAAAUGCAGGAGCUGCUGGAGACUUGUGAUUUCACCAAAUUUCAUUCUUUGAAACCAAAGCUAAUUGAAGCUGUGGAUAACAUGCUGGCCAACAAAAUUGCCUCCCUGAUGAGCCUGAUCAGACAGGAAGAGAGCAGCAUGCCCACAGAGAUGGUACAAGGUGGAGCAUUUGAUGGCACCAUGGCAGGACCUUUUGGCCAUGGGUACGGAGAAGGUGCUAAGGAAGGAGCUGAUGAAGAAGAAUGGGUUGUUGCCAAAGAUAAACCUGCUUAUGAUGAGAUUUUCUACACUCUGUCACCGAUUAAUGGCAAAAUAUCUGGGAUUAGUGCAAAGAAGGAGAUGGUGACUUCCAAAUUACCCAACAGUGUCUUGGGGAAGAUCUGGAAACUUUCAGACUGUGAUGGCGAUGGGAUGUUGGAUGAUGAGGAGUUUGCAUUAGCAAAACAUCUCAUCAAGAUUAAACUGGAUGGGUAUGAACUGCCGGGCACACUGCCUUCCCACCUGGUGCCACCAUCUCACAGGAAACCUUUCCAGACAGCAGAGUGAAAAAUACAACGAGAAGAAUGAGGAUUUUGGAAAUCUUUCAACAAAUGUGUUGAAACCACCAGAAUUUGAAAUCAGGCUUAGAUCCUUAAAUCCCACAUCUCAUGCAAGUUACUGAAAUUAGAAGCGUGGUAGCAGGGAAACAUUUGUGUAGCUGUCCCUGCACCUUCACUCAGACAUGCUUGACACAAGUGCCUUGUAUAGCUCUGCUGUAAGGUGAAAAAGUUUUUGUAGUCUUGCUUCCAUGUCUUGCUGCCUUUAUAACCAUGAAGCAGAAAAGACCAUGUGUGAAAAAUCACUGACCUUCACCAAAUCUAAAUACUUAUCAACUGUAAGUUUCUCCAGCCUGUUUUAAAUAGUGCAGGGAAGCUCUAAAUACUAAAUUCACCUGCCCAUGCAAGGAAUAUUUUCUAUGCUAAAAAAAUACUUUAGGCAUCAAGUCAUCAUACCUAGAGUUUAAGAAAAGGCUGAUGUAAAAGGAACUUUUUUUAUUCUUUUCGUUAUUUAAUAAGGGAUUAGUAGAAGAAGAGUAACAGGGAGAGUCUUUUAGGUGCUCAAAAUGUGAGCAGACUUGUUUUAAAACUUUGCUGAUUAUAGCUAGAGCUGCAAAAUAUUAAAAUGAUUCUUUCAAUCUGUCAUUGUGUCUUGUUUUCUGAAGAACUGCUUCUUCAGUAUUAUCAUUAGAAGAACUGAAUCUCCUUUGUUCCUUGGAUUUGGAGUUUCUUUUUAAGUUUCAGUUUAGCUUCUCUGUAGACAGUAAAUUUCUGAAUUGUUCAAAGUGACAGCAGAAUGUUUUCAUAAGCUUAAAAAACCCCACAUUUCCGUUGAAAUGAAGCCUCACUAUUCAGAAAAGGUGCAUUGCUCAAAGCCUCUUCAAAGCACAUCAAAUUGUCUUGGGAAAUUUUCAUUUGUAUUUAAUUUCUAUUUACAGGUAAUGAUACAGUUAUCUCUGUAUAUUUUUUUAUAUAUAAUACUUUUAAGAAAAGGUUUUAACUCUUUCUUUUGCCAACAUGUAGCUGACAACCACAAAAGAGAUAUUCGAUUCCAAUGGUGGCAUAUUUGAAAGAUGGGGAAUCUACAUUGACUGUAAUAAUGAAAGCCUGGUCCCUCCAGAUAUUACUCCUUUCUUGAAAACAAUCUGUGAAAGGAAUGGAUGCUUAAUAAACAUCCAUUUUUCUAACACAGUCAAAGUUGAACAUACUGGCUGCUUACAACUGAUUUUUAUCAGUACCUUAAAAGAACACAAAUUUUUGGCCCUGUGAACUUGAGUCUUUCAGGGAGGGCCAGUUCUUUUCUAAAAUCAAACUUGGCAGUUUUGCUCUGCACAUGUGAGCAGGAAUGGACUCGUAUUCUGUUUGUAGUAUGAAAUCCCCUACACAUCAAAGGUACUGUAGUUCUGAGCACUUUUUGAGUCUCAGGAAGUGGUAGAAACAGUGCCUUCUGAAACGGAGCAAGCCAGAAAGUGGUUUAGCAUCUUUGUAGUAGGGGCCGGAGGGGGGAGUAGAUUGCAUGUUGUCUGCCAGUUAAGAUUUUAGUCACACUUAGGUGUUCAGACUUGUAGGUGACUUAAGAAGAACCUCAGCUUCUUUUUUCAAAUUGUACAUUUGUAAGUUGUCAUUCAGGUUUAAUACUUCAGAUCUUUCUGGACUUCUUAUCUUCUGCAUCUGUUCUGAUGUGAAAUUACCAUGAACUUUGCCAGGUCUCUACCAUGGGAAAACAAUAAAGCUAUUAUAAGUAAUAACAGAAGAACACCUUUACCUUGCCAGGCUUCCGGGCCUGCAUCAAGGAUAUCCUGGCAUAAUUAAAUUGUUCUUGAGGACUUGCUUGCCUUUUUUGAAUUCUUAGGUUUUCCUCUCAUUCAAGCAUACCAACUUUGUUUCUGUUAGACCUAAAUUAGGAGCCAGAUUAGCCUUAGUGCAUCUCUGUGCACUUCGGUGGAGCUGUGAAACUGGACCAUGAGUCUACCUGUGUGACUGUACAUCUGCAGAGUAACUGAUGCUCUGUGUAAUUUAUUUUUGAACAAAAAGUAGUCUAUAGACAUUGCAGGAGUUGUUAAAUAAAAAACAGGCUGCAGAAGUGGUAAUGUAUGCUUGUUAGUGUGUAGUGCUUGUAGUCAGCAACAAAUUCAUACACUAAUGACCAACCUGACUAG